AUCAUUUCCUACCCUCUUCUCUUAGGAUUAAUAUUAAGGAAUUUUGUUGCUAAACACUUUCUAUAUAUAAUUAGAAUCAGCUUCUGCAGAUAUUUUUCAAGAUCUUUUUUAGAAUUAGCUUUCUUCAGAUAUAUUUGAUCUCUCUCCAUAUUAAUGCUUUUGCAAUGAAGAAUCCACACUUAUAAUUAUGUGUUUUUGCUUUAGCCAAUCGACCGGUUUCAAUUCAACCGCAGCAAAAGCUGAUGUAGGAGUGAUUCUUGAUCUUGAUACUACCUUUGGAAAGAUGUGUAGGACUUGCAUCUCGAUGGCUGUUGAAGAAUUCUACGCCAACCGCGAUCACACCACCAUGAUCGUGCCUCAUUUCCGGGAUUCGAAGAGUGAUGUUAUCGCUGCAGCUUAUGCUGGUACAUGAUUCAUAGUAUAAUCCAACUUGAUCAUAUAUACUUGGUUUGCAUAACCAAACUUAUGCAAUGGUGGAAUGAUUUUUAUAGCUAUAGAUCUAUUGAAGAACACUCAAGUGAUGGCGAUUCGGGCCACAAAACUCGAAUCAAGCCGACUUCGUGAUAAAUAUCGGCGACCGAGCAAAGGUUCCAAUCAUUUCACCAGCAAUGAGUGCAUCUCUUUCGCCUCAAGAUUCACCCUACUUUAUAAGAUCAGCAUGGCCUUCCUUUUCUCAAUCCAAAGCAAUCGCAGCAAUCGUAGAAAAGUAUAAUUGGUCGAAAGUCGUUUUCGUCUAUGAGGAUUCGGGUUUUGGGAGGGGUUUAGUCCCGUUCUUGGACGAGGCCAUGCUCGAGAGCAAUGCUCAUGUCUCGUUCCAAACUGCUAUUUCCCCUACAGCCACUGACGAUCAAAUCGGCCGCGAGCUAGACAAGUUGAUGAAGAUGCAGACGAGGGUGUUCGUCGUUGAUAUGCUUCCGGAUCUUGCAUCCCGGUUCUUCAAGUUGGCGAAAGAGGCCGGGAUGAUGGAGAAAGGAUAUGCUUGGAUUGUUUCUGAUCCGCUUGCUAGUCUCUUGGAUUUGAUGGAUUCGAAGACCGUGGAGGCGAUGCAAGGCCUAAUAGGUGUGAAGGCCCGCGUUCAAGAAUCCGAAGAAGUUACAAACUUCACGAAGAGAUAUAACAAGAGGUUUCGUGAGGAGAAUCCGGAAAUGGAUUUAGUAAAACUGAAUGUGUUUGGCCUCUGGGCUUAUCACAGCAUGGCAAUAAUAGCGGAUUCAAUCGAACGAGCUGGUGUGACAUCUCCGCGAUUCAAUAGAUCAGUCGAUGGGGGAAAUUCCACAGAUUUGGAGGCGAUAGGAACAUCAAAUACUGGAUCUUUACUCGUUGGUUUGAUGAAAAACUACGCGUUGAAAGGGUUGAGUGGAGAUUUCAACAUAAGUAACGGCCAACUGCAGCCGUCUGCGUUUGAGGUAGUGAAUAUACUUGGGGUGAGUGGUGUCACUGUCGGGUUUUGGUCUGAACGAUGCGGGCUUUUGAAGCCCGGAGAUAGGGAAGAUGGUUGCUCUAGUAAAACGGAAAACCUUGACCUCGUUGUGUGGCCAGGGAAGACAUGUGAAGCGCCUAAAGGGUGGGAGUUUCCGACAAGUGGGAAGAAGCUGAGGGUUGGAAUCCCGCCAAAAGGAGGGUUCCAUGAAUUCAUUGAUUUCGCGAAAAAUGUUUUCGAGGAGGUAUGGAAUAAGACGCCCUAUGCUGCGCAAAUCGAAUAUAUACAGAGUGAUGAUGGUGAAGAUUAUGAUGGUUUUAUCAAGCAGUUAGAUCUUAAGGUUGCUCAGGAUGAUAGGGAAGGGACCAACUAUCAGGAAAAAGACUCCACUGUUAUCAGAUCACCAAAGUCAGUUGUGAGUAAUGGGACCAAUAAAAUUACUACCGAGGUAAAUUCUUCAAACAAGGUUGAUUCUGAAGGCCAACUUGAUGCAAAGUCAACAGUUAAAGAUGAAUCUGAUGACCACGAUGCACAUGAACCUGUGAAGUUGGAAAGGUGCAGACCGAGGCAGAAAACCAUGAUACUCCAGAUAAAGAUGUACGUACUUCUCCAAUUGAAGUUAUACCUGUUGAAGCUGCUGAAUCUCUGGACAAAGGAGAGGACAGAAGUGUUGAGGCUGUCACUGAAGCAUCUCCUGCACAAAGUGGCAGCCACCCUGAUGAGAACCUAUCUGAAACAGAGGUUAAGGAAACAAAGGAAGAAAAGUUUGUUGAUGAAGAGAUGGUAUCCGUUGAUACUGCUCCUAUGAAAGCAUCUGAAGAAGAGUCCAUUUCAGAAGUAAAGAAGCAGCGGCGCUCAGGAAAGAAGCGAACCGAUGACUCGUCUGACAAGGACAAAGCAUUGACUGAAGAAGCUGUAUCAAAGAACGAUGAUGGCUGUGCAAGUGAUUCAGAAGCAAGAACUCUGGACCAGGCAGAAGAGCCGAAGGAUGCUAGUAAUAAGAAAGCGCAUGGAUCAGCAUUGAAGAAGCAGCAGCGCUCAAGAAAAAAGCGAACGGAUUGACUGAAGAAGUUGCAUCAAAGAACGAUGAUGGCUGCGCAAGUGAUUCAGAAGCAAGAACACUGGACCAGGCCGAAAAGCCUAAGGGUGCUAGUAAUAAGAAAGGGUAUGGGUCAGCAUUGAAGUAGCAGCAGCGCUCAGGAAAAAAGCAAACUGAUGACUCGUCUGACAAGGAUAAAGCAUUGACUGAAGAAGUGGCAUCAAAGAACAAUGCAAGUGAUUCAGAAGCAAGAACACUGGACCAGGCAGAAAAACCGAAGGAUGCUAGUAAUAAGGAAGAGUAUGGAUCAGCAUCGAAGAAGGAAGAUGUAAAAAAAGAGUGGGUGUGGCAAACCUACCUCUGAAAAAGAGACCCCAAAACCUUCAGCAAGGAAGAACCAGGGGAAAGACACAGUUACUCCGCGCAAAUCCCAGUCAAAACCCACAAACCAUGAAGGAGUUCAGGAAGAAACUCCAAGAACAAGCACCAAGAG